GGUGGAGUCGGAGCUCUGCUGCAUCUGUCACAGCACAACAGAAUAAACGAAACAAAACAAAACAGGAGAGAAACGCUGCAGACCAUGGAACGUUGUAGGACUUUCUGAAACAUUUACUGGGGAUUUCUGUGGAGCAUGUUCUUUUAAAACGAAUUCUUGGCGGAACCUAUUUGUGUAACUGGGAAAAUGACACACAUGCUGCAUGCAGCAGCUGAUCGAGUGAAGUGGACCAGAUCCGGUGCAGCUAAGAGGGCUGCCUGCCUGGUGGCUGCGGCAUAUGCUCUGAAAACCCUCUAUCCCAUCCUUGGCAGACGUUUAAAGCAAACUGGGGACAGGAAGAAAAAAGAAACAGUUUACCCUACUGCAGAGAACAGAGAAAUACUGCAUUGCACCGAGUCUGUUUGUAAAAAAACAUCGCCUGGAGUGAAUGCAGAUUUUUUCAAACAGCUACUAGAACUUCGGAAAAUUCUCUUUCCAAAACUUGUGACCACUGAAACAGGGUGGCUGUGCCUGCACUCGGUGGCUCUAAUCUCAAGAACCUUUCUGUCUAUCUAUGUGGCGGGUCUGGAUGGAAAAAUCGUGAAAAGCAUUGUGGAAAAGAAGCCUCGGACUUUCAUCAUCAAAUUAAUCAAGUGGCUUAUGAUAGCCAUUCCUGCCACCUUCGUCAACAGUGCAAUAAGGUACCUGGAGUGCAAAUUGGCUUUGGCCUUCAGAACUCGCCUAGUGGACCAUGCCUAUGAAACCUAUUUUACAAAUCAGACUUAUUAUAAAGUGAUCAAUAUGGAUGGGAGGCUGGCAAACCCGGACCAAUCUCUUACUGAGGAUAUUAUGAUGUUCUCCCAAUCUGUGGCUCACCUGUAUUCCAAUCUGACCAAACCUAUUUUAGAUGUAAUCCUGACUUCCUACACACUCAUCCAGACUGCCACGUCCAGAGGAGCAAGCCCCAUCGGGCCCACCCUGCUAGCAGGAAUGGUGGUGUAUGCCACCGCUAAAGUGUUGAAAGCCUGCUCUCCCAGAUUUGGCAAGCUGGUGGCCGAAGAAGCUCAUAGAAAAGGCUAUUUGCGGUAUGUGCACUCUAGAAUUAUCGCCAAUGUGGAAGAAAUUGCCUUUUACCGAGGACAUAAGGUAGAAAUGAAGCAACUCCAGAAAAGUUACAAAGCUCUAGCAGACCAGAUGAACCUCAUUUUAUCCAAACGUUUGUGGUACAUCAUGAUAGAGCAGUUCUUGAUGAAGUAUGUUUGGAGCAGCAGCGGACUAAUUAUGGUGGCUAUCCCUAUUAUUACUGCAACUGGCUUUGCAGAUGGUGAUCUAGAGGAUGGCCCAAAACAAGCUAUGGUUAGCGAACGGACAGAAACCUUUACCACUGCUCGAAAUUUAUUGGCCUCAGGAGCUGAUGCUAUUGAAAGGAUUAUGUCUUCAUAUAAAGAGAUCACUGAAUUAGCAGGCUAUACUGCUCGAGUGUACAAUAUGUUUUGGGUCUUCGAUGAAGUAAAAAGAGGCAUUUAUAAGAGAACCGCUGUUGUUCAGGAGACUGAAAACCAUAGCAAGAAUGGAACUGUUGUAGAAUUACCUCUCACGGACACACUGGCAAUCAAAGGAAAAGUUAUUGAUGUGGAUCAUGGAAUUAUUUGUGAAAAUGUUCCCAUAAUUACACCAGCAGGAGAAGUGGUGGCUUCCAAGCUAAACUUCAAAGUUCAAGAAGGAAUGCAUCUUUUGAUAACUGGUCCCAAUGGUUGUGGGAAAAGUUCUCUCUUCAGAAUAUUAAGUGGGCUCUGGCCUGUGUAUGAAGGAGUCCUCUAUAAACCACCUCCUCAACAUAUGUUCUAUAUUCCACAAAGGCCAUAUAUGUCUCUUGGAAGUCUUCGGGAUCAAGUCAUUUAUCCCGAUUCAGUGGAUGAUAUGCACGAUAAAGGUUAUACAGAUCAAGAUCUGGAAUGUAUUCUACACAAUGUCCACCUCUAUCACAUAGUUCAAAGAGAAGGAGGAUGGGACGCUGUUAUGGACUGGAAAGAUGUCCUAUCAGGAGGGGAAAAACAAAGGAUGGGCAUGGCUCGCAUGUUCUACCAUAAACCAAAAUACGCAUUGCUGGAUGAAUGUACCAGUGCCGUCAGCAUUGAUGUUGAAGGAAAGAUAUUUCAGGCUGCAAAAGAGUCUGGGAUUUCCUUACUGUCUAUAACUCACAGGCCUUCUCUUUGGAAAUACCACACUCAUUUGUUACAGUUUGAUGGUGAAGGAGGUUGGCACUUUGAGCAAUUGGAUACUGCUAUUCGUUUGACGUUGAGUGAAGAAAAACAAAAGCUAGAAUCUCAGCUAGCUGGAAUUCCCAAAAUGCAGCAGAGACUCAAUGAACUAUGUAAAAUUUUGGGAGAAGACUCAGUGCUGAAAACAAUCAAAAAUGAAGAUGACACAUCCUAAUUUGUUUUGAUAUGUUUUAAAAGUUUAUUUUUUAGGUAAAGGCCCAGAGACACUCUGUUAUACUGCAUGCAAUAUGUUAAGCUAAGCGCAGAGGCGGGGAAAAGGCAGCAAGAAAUGUUUUAUAGGAUUGUAGCAUCAGGAAGUGUAUGAUCUGACUUUUCGGAAGAAAAUAAACAAGUGCAUUAUGUAAGAUUAGUUAUUAUGGCUUAUACUAAUUUCUAGCGAAGGCCUAAUUCACCUGUAAAACAGGAUUUUCUAGGUGAAUUCAUAAUGAAUACCAGAUUUACUAUGCAUAUGUGAUGUGUCUAAAGUUCUUCACAAACAUAGGAGAUAUCUCGGAAAUGAAACAACUUAGAGUGGCAGUUGGAUUGAUACUAGGUGCAUAAAAUUACAACUUUUAUUUAGUCCAUUGAUGGUUGUUACUAGGUUUGAUAGCUAGAAUUCUUACUCAUUAUUGCUAGUGGCCAAGUAAACCAGUAUACAAAAUAGCUGCCAGUUUGAUAAAUUCCUUCAAUAUUAAAAAAAUUUCUUUUAAUGACAGUGGUUGAAAGAAAAAAGCUUGUAUAAAAUGCCAUAUUUUAAAAUGUUAGACUUUGAGUAUCUUAAUGAGGGCACAUAACAAUUUAAUUUUAGUAAUAGUCGUAAUGUAUUUGUUAAUAAGCCCUUUCACUUUUAAAAGAGAAUUUAUUGCCAAUACAGAAAAAGAGUACCCAAACAAUGUCUCAGCCUGUUAACUUUGCUUGGUAGCAUUAUCUAUUGAAACUUCUGUCCAGAAAUACUCAGCUUGUUUUUGUGCCCAAAGGAAGAGACCACAUUUUAAAAAGUGUAGUGAUUUAAUAGAAUAUGGAGAUUCUGAAAAUCACAGUAAUAAUAACAUCCAUUGCAAUAGCACUUUAUAAUUUACAUUCUCCAUCUAUUUCAUUUCACCUUAAUGCUUGUGGCAAUGUAUUGAGAAAAGAUAUCAUUUUUCUUACUUUGCUUUUGAGAAAAUUGACACACUUGUCCUAAUCAUGCAAUUUAUUUAGGGACAGAAUCAGAAAUCAAAUGAAGUUCUCCUGAUGCCCUGGUUCUGUGCUGGUUCCGCGAUUAUUCUUUAAAUCUAACUGGGUUACAGUAUCAACAAAAGCUAAGUGAAAUAUUGAAAAAAUUAAAUUUGGCAAUGUUAGUGUUGAAGAUAAUUUGGUUAUUAUUUAUAAGAAAUGAAAACUUAGGUCCCAGUGAAAAGGUCAUUGGUCUCGGUUUAAAAUGAGCUAAGGAAAUUAGUAAAUCUCUUAGCAAUGUACCUCUAAGGUAUCAGCAAUAAGAAGGGCAGUUAAUUAUGUUGUCAGUAAAUUUAAUAUUUAUUAAACACAAUGAGAAAUAAUCUGUGUAGAUCAAUGAAAUAGAUCUUAUCUAUCUGUGUUCCCUGGACAUUCAAGUACAAAAGCCAGGACUGACACUUUAAUGUCUUCCUGUCUAUGCCACCUUAUUAACUAGAAAACAAUCAGAAUGGUCAGUUGAUAGUGUUAGGAUUUCAUUUGCAUAUGUAGACACAGCCAUAAGAGAUACCAAGUCAGCGAUUUUUAGACUUUUUCAGGUGAUAGAGUGCACAGUAGUCAUUCAUAAUGGUUGUUGUAAAACAUCUUUACAUUUCCACAAUUUUAAUUCUGCCAUGACAAGUAGGAUAUUUUAAUUAUCAAUAAAAGUAGUCAUCACAUGUGAAGGAAUGUAAUAGAAGAUAACAGCGCAACUGUCCAAGUUAUUCUGUUGGUAUCCUUAGCUACUCAUUUAUUCAUUUGCCAGUUACUAAUAUUUCCUAUUAGGAAAGUGACACAGGAAUUAAGAUUUAAAAAAAAAAAAAAUCAUGGAACCCAAACUUAAAAUUUGCAAAACUUUAUCCAUUAAUUUUAACUUCUAUAUUAGCAGUUAUCCAGUUUAUACUGCUAGAAUGGGAAAAAUCUGAGGCAAGUUUAUUAUUACAUUAACUUUUAAAGAUACAGAAAGAAAUGAAAAGUUCUCAUGUGACACGUGUAUAUAUGGCUUAAUUAUCAUAGUUUUAAAAAUAAAACUUUGAGGACCUGAUAUUUUGUGUUUUGGACCUUUGGAAAAGAAUGCCAAAAGAAAUAUAUUCGUAAUGAACCAUCACUUCAUAUGUCUUACCAAUAAGCUGAACUGAAAAAGAUUUAUAAUUUAUAAUGUACAGGAUUCAAGGAUGUUUAAAAGUCUCUGUUAAAAAAUAUACACACUGGUAUUUAAAUGUCAAUUUCCUAACCUGGGCAUGUUUUCCAUGAGAUUUUCAUACCUAUUUAUUUUGUGAUUUUUUUUUUUUUUUUUUUACAGGAUCAAUAUCCUCUAACUUAGAGGGCAGAAAUAUCUGUGAUUUGAACUUGUAUUUAUACACCAUUCAAAUGUUUCCAAAAUGGUCCAGUGUGUAUGCCAUAGUUACCAUUCUUAUACUUUUAUUUCUUGAAAAAAAAAUGGAAAAGAUUAAGGAAAUUAAAUAGCCUUCUUUGAAUACAGCAAGAAAUAGAUGAGGGAAACAAAAAAGAAAAACUGUUUCAAUUUUCAAAAUGCUUUUUCAUGUUUGAAGUUUAUUUUGGGUCAAAAAAAGGUAUACAUUUAAGAAGUUUGAUUUUAAAAUGGCAUUUUUGUGGUUUAUUCUUAAACUUGAAAAAUACAAUGCAUUUUAUGAAAACGUUGCAUUAUAUUUCUAUAGCAUGUAGUGUUAUGCUGAGCAUGGCUCUAAAGUAGUGUCUGUUCUUGUUAACAGGAUCCCUCUUAAAUAAUCUCGAGAAGAAUGAUAUAUCUUGAAACUCAGCCCAAGUUUACAUUUGUUUACAGUGGGGAUGGUUUUAUCUUGAAAGUAAUUUGGGUUUUUGUCUCUAAUUUUGGUCUGUCAGGAAAGGUAUAAAUGAACAUGUUAGUUUACUUGAAACAUUGCUUCCAAGUAUAAUUUCCUAUUCAGCAAUAGGCAUAGCCUAUUACAAUCUGUUUGGAAUAGUUUUUUGAUUUUAUAAGCCUAGAAAAAUAUGUUACAUUUUGGAGCUUAAAUCCAGAGAAUAUUACUUCUGAGAUGUGCAUAAAAUGGUAAAGGUUAUUAAAUCAUUAAUCAAAAGAGAUGCCUUUGACAUAAUUACUUUAUGGGCAAAAAUUAUCCUCAUUUAGCAGUGUAAAGGACUUUCACAUAACCCAGGAUAUUUAUAGUUCUGCUGACAUACAUUUAUAUAUGUCAAAUGUUUUGGAGUUGUACUUUUGAUGUUUGACACGAGAGCUUUUGGGUGGAUGUAUAAAAUAUUUUUA